AGCCACUUGGCUCAGGCUACGCUGGCGCAUGUUUUCAAGAUUGGUCACGCCCAUGCAGAGCCUAUUAAGUUGUUCAACACAUGUCCGUAGAUGAACGUAGCACACUGUUGCCGACGAAGCCUCGACGCCAGCAAUGGCUCAGCACAGUUCACACGGCCCGUUUGGUGACGUUCGCUAGUUCAUUCGCUGAGGGGUACGAACUCGUGAUCUUUUCCCUGAUAUUGAGUCCCGUGAUCAAAGAAUUCAGUCUCACGGUGACGGGCGUAGUCUUAUUGGCAAGCGUGCCGAUGGCAGCAGGCUUGGUAGGUUAUCUGUUCAUGGGAUGGCUCAUGGACGUGAUGGGAAGGAAGCCGACGCUGGUUUCCACUUAUGUUAUAUGUAUGUGCGGUUGCGCGCUCAUGGCCACGGCACCCGAUGUGUACCAGUUAGGCCUCGGCAGGGGGAUCAUUGCACUGGGCAUCAGGUCUGGCAUCACCUGCGUCUCCGUCUACAUGUCCGAACUCUCCCCCGCGGAGCACCGCGGCAUGCUGGUGUCCAUGGAGGAGGUCUACAUCAACCUGGGCAUGCUUGCCGCCACCCUCAUGGCGUGGGUGCUGAUGGGCAGGCAGAACGCGUCCUGGCGCACCUUCGUGACCCUGGGCGGCAUCGCGCCGGCGCUGGCGCUGCUGGCGCUGCUGUGCCUGCAGGUCCCGGAGUCGCCGCGCUACCUGCAGCUGUGGGGGCGGCACGCGGAGGCCGCCGCCGUGCUGCGCAGCGCCCUGGACGGCAAGGACGACGAGAUAGAGCAGACGCUGAGUUCGUGGAGGGAGGAGGAGGAGACCAUGACGAAGACCACGUGGGCCGACCAGCUGUCCCAGGUGCUGGAGCUCCCCGGGCACGCAGGCUUCCGCAUCGCGUGCUGCUGCUGGAUCUCCCGGGCUGGCAGCGGCAUCGUAGUGAUCGGCACCUACUUCGCCGUGUUCAUGAAGGAGCAGGGCAUGGACGACGAGAGCGCCCUGAGGUGGUUCACCGCCGGCCAGCUGGCGAAGACGGUGGCGCUCGCGCUGCCGGUGCUCUGGCUGAUCGACGCCUGCGGCCGGCGGGCGCUCUUCCUGGCGUCGGCCGCCGCGUGCUGCGCCAGCACGGCCCUGGCCGCGGCACUGCGGCACGGCGGCUUCCCCGCCGCGGCGGUGGCGUGGUGCGUCGUCGCGUACUGGGCGUCCUUCAGCCUGGGGUACGGACCAGUGGUCUGGGUGUACUGCUUCGAGAUCCUGCCGCGGCACCAGCGCGGCCGUGCGGCGACCGUCAGCAUGCUCUUCGGCGACGUGGCCUCCGGCGUCCUGCUCAUCUCGGCGCCGUACCUGGUCGAGAUCGACGCGGCGCUGCCCUACGCGGUGAUAGCGGUCACAAACUUCGCCGCCAUGGUGUUUUUCUACGCGGCGUGCCCAGAGACGGCGGGAAUGAUCCUCGAGCAUGCUGGGAACGUCGGCGCGUCACCGCGCACCGCGGUGGCGAGAGACGGCGCCUGCUAGGUGAGAGGAGCCCGCAAGAUGGCACAAAAAAGGUGCCGCCGCCGGUCAGCUCUUCGAUUCGUUGGGCCACCCCCGGCGCCGCCUCUUGAGCAGCAGCACGCCAGACCUCCAAUGCGUUGGAAAGAUCAAGACGGAG